UGACUUGACUUCAUCCACUUUUAAGGGGGGGGGGGGGGGGAAAUAAUUCCAAAACAAAUAUUGGAUUGCGAGAAAUGAGUGAAUAUGCUUCGAUUUUCUUAACAAAGUCACCAGAAAAGUGAUCACUUCAACUCAUUGAACCAAUCCCAAGCAAAAAAAUAAAUUAAUUAAAUCACCAUGUGCUUCUCUGUCCCUGAUUACUGACCGUUAGAUUUAAUUAUCCUCGAAAUCCACAGUUGAUCUCUCUUUCUAGUUUCUAACAAGACACAGAGCCCAGUGAACUUAACUUGUCUCAAAGUCUUGCAAGAGAAACAGGUGUUAGAAAACCUGAAAUCUUAUUGUGCUGGCUUUGUCACUGCAAUGAAGCGAUCAAUAUGCAUAGCACCUGAAUCAAUAUCUCGAGGCCAGGAGUAGCACUGGAUCUCAUUUCAUUAGGGAUCAUUGGAUAGAAUUCUCAUGCGGGGAACAUAAUGACUAGCACUACUGAUGGGCGCAGUUUUCUGGAUAUUGAUGAAGGUUCAGAUGAGGAAAUGUUUGAAAGUUUUGGUGAACAUGAAGCUUCACAAGAUGGGUUGUUGCAGCAAUGCAUUUCACAGCGUGUUGUGGAUAAUGGCAUGAUUUUGACAGAAUCAUCUAUGGAAAAUUUAAGUGUGGAUGGUUUAGAACCGUAUACUGGGAUGACUUUUCCAUCUUUAGAUGAUGCAAGAGAUUUCUAUUAUGAAUAUGCCAAGCGAACAGGUUUCACCAUUCGAACAAAUCGGAUCAGACAUUCACUAAAGAGCAUGGCAGUUAUAGGACGUGACUUUGUUUGUUCAAGAGAAGGCUUUCGUGCUGCAAAGCACUCGCUGAGAAAAGACAGAGUUCUUCCUCCACGUCCAGUUACAAGAGAAGGUUGCAAAGCCAUGAUAAGACUGGCAGCAAGGGAUGGAGGGAAAUGGGUAGUUACCAAAUUUGUGCAAGAGCACAAUCACAAGCUAAUGACUCACUGUAAAUUUCUUGGAGAAUUGCCAACUAUAAAUAUACUUAGCGAGGAGGAAAAGGAUAAGAAGAUCCAGGACUUGUAUGGCGAGCUUCAGCGCGAAAGAGAACGAUCUGCAGCAUUCCAACAACAGCUAUGCAUGAUUCUCAAAGAUCUCAAGGAACAUGAGGAAUUCGUGUCUUUAAGAGUUGAAGAUAUAAUUAAGACUUUGAAAGAAAUUGAACUAGGUGUUUUAUAGUUUUGAACGUGGAUAAACUGCAAUUUUUCAACGGAUGCCAAACUAGAACAUCGAGCUCACUUCUCUGGAUUUCCACUCAAGGCUGAAUAUCAGUACCAUACUACCACUGACAUGAAACUUUUCUAGAGAGCACUGAAUAGAAUGUAUAUAAGCAUUAAUUUCUUUGGUGUAUAUGCAAUGACUGUAGUUCAUAAUCUAAGUGGAGAAUGUGAUGUCUUAUCUUCUUCAUUUUGGAAAUGACAUUCUGAGCUUUCCUCUGA